ACCGGAGCGGCGUCAGCGGCCGCUGCGUCACUGCUCCAGCCCCCGCUGCCGGCUCGUCCCCGGCAGACUCCGCACCCCCACCGCCCGGGGUCGGGGACACGGCCACGGCACUUCCUCAAGCCCUGCAGGCUGCAUUCCAGGCUGUGGGAAAGCUGAAGUCUUCGUGUAUCUGAUACAAAUGCUGCUCUAAAACGGGGUGUGGGAUUUGAGGGGGGCUGCUCCAUCGUGGGGUUAAAGCUCUACCCUUGCUCCCCAUGCCUAAAAAUCUGUGGGGACAGGCAGGAAUUUAACAGAACAUCCUCCUCUCUCGUUUUUUCUCUGCUUCCUUGGAACUUGGAUCCCCAAGGGUAUCUCCUGAAGGGAAAAAGGGCUGGGAUCUGCCGUGCUCUGAGCUCCCCCCAUUCCCCAAAAGUGCAACCUCUGAAUUGCAGAGGUUGGAGUGAUCUCAGGAGGUGCCUGUUUUGUCGUCACCUGCUCAGAAAAUAAUUGCUUUUCUUGGAUCACCUCCCACGCCUGCGCUGCUUGUCACCUUCCCAGCUCCAGGCCCUGCUCCGGGGUGAGAAAAGGACAUGGAAACAGGGAGCAGGGGGGAAAGGGGGGCUGGGUUUGUUGGGCAGUGAGGCUGAAGGUGACCAUGUCCCCAGGCUGUCCCAGCACGUCCCAGUGGUGAGCAGACAGCAGCUGGAAAAGGUAAACAGUAGGAAAAUAAAAGAACUGCCCCUGCCCUGAAGUAAGUUAGUGACUGAGUCCCCAGAACCCUCUGGCACUGCAGGAUCUCUGCCCGGGCUGACGAGCUAUUAAUGAUUUAGCAGAGGAGGCUGCAAUUAGCAGCGCUCAGAAUAAACCUCGGUGAUGCAAAAGCCCGGUGGGAGCUUUGUUCUCCCUCCCCUGGCAGCGCCCCUCUGCCAAGGCACCAACCACCGGGAUGGGACACCAGGAUGGGACCCCACCCUGCAUCCCACCGCCAGCCCAGUCCCAGUAUUCCCACAGGGAUGCAGGCAGCGGGAGGACACAGCCACGGGAUGUGCACUGGCCUCGUCUCCAGCCUCUUUAAAGCCCCGCACUGGGAUGUGCUCCAGAAAAACAAAGCCUUGUUACAGGCAGCAAAUAAUUAAUGUUGCUGCCAUAUCUCCCAGCCUCUCUGCAAGUUUGUCCCCAGGUGUCCCAGUUACCAGGACAGGGGGGCCCAGGCGCUGGUCUCUCAUCUUGACACAGUUUAAGGGAAGGAAUCCUGCAUCAGGAUUUCAGGUUUAAACCCCAGGACUCCUGGGUUGACCCAGUUCCCUGUCCCACCACCCUGGACCCAGCAUCAGCAGUUUGGGACAGGGGUGGGACACUGUGAUGGGACACAGGGAAAAAUUCGGGAGCUGAGUGGUUGUUGGUUCAGGGGGUCACACUGUGCUGCUCAGCUCAUCCUGGAAGUGCCAGGCUGCAUGGGACAGUGACAGGAGAGGUUUCAUGGCUGGGAUCUGUGCUCAAGGCAGCUGGCAGAGGAGAGGACACAUUUCCAAGCAGUGCUGUGAGUUAUCCACAAAUGAAAUCCCAGACGGGGAAACGACAUCGGCUGGGCUUCAGUGCCAGAGGUUUGAAUAAAUAAACACUGUCUUUGUGCCCUUUAGAGAAGGAAGGAGACUCUUGGCAUCAUCCUUUAAACUGAUUUCUCUCUUCUCUUUCCUCCUGGAAACUGGCAGCAGCCUCAGUGCACAGCUGUUGCCCUGCUGCCACCUUCCCAAUGGGUUUCCAUCCUUUUUUCCAAACCUUCAGGAAAGGAUCCAAACCCCCAACUCUUUGGGAUAGGGAUCCUUCAGGACAGGCGUCCUUGGGGAUGAGGAUACAUUGGGAUAGGGAUCCUUCAGGACAGAGAUCCUUUGGGAUAAGGAUCCUUCAGGGCAAGGAUCCUCAGAGAUGCAGAGACAUUGGGAUAGGAAUCCCUUGGAGCAGGGAUUCUUGGGGAUGAGGAUACAUUGGGAUAGGGACACUUCAGGACAGGGAGCCUUGGGAAUUAGGAUCCAUUGGAUUAGGGAUCCUUUACGACAGGGAUCCUUGGGGUUGAGGAUACAUUGGAAUGGAGAUCCUUCAGGGCAGGGAUCCUUGGAGAUUAGGAUACAUUGAGGCAGGGAUCUUUCGAGACAGGGAUCCUUGAGGAUGAGGAUACACUGGGUUAGGGAUCCUUCAAGACAGGGAUCCUCGGGGAUGGAGACCUUAAGGGUGGGGACGGGGACCCUUGGGGGAGCCGAUCCCCGGGGAGCCAGCGCUACUUCGGGAUCCCGCUGGGGACGAGGCUGCUCGGCUGCUUUGACGCAGACUCCCGGGGGGCCGGGGGGAGGGAUGUUCCCCGGGGGAGCGGCAUUCCCGGCGGGACGGAGCGGCAUUCCCGGCGGGACGGAGCGGCAUUCCCGGCGGGAUGGAGCCGCUUCGCCCGGCGCGCUCUGCUGUCCCUCGGCGCGGCCCGUCCGCGUCACGUGUCUCACCUGGCGCAGGUGAGGCGGGGCCGGACGGCGCUCCCGGCUCGCAGAACUUCACAAAGAAAUCCUGUCCUGUGAACAAUGAAGACCUUAGACCCAGGCUAACUCUUAGAGGUGCAAACCCUUUUUGAAUCCUUCCUUGCUGCUCUGGAGCAGAUGCUGAGGCUCUUUGGAGGGACCUUCUCCAGUCUCACACGGCGCCUGCGUGACGGCAGAGGAAGCAACGAGAGAGUCACGACCCUGUGCCCGAGUGCUGAGCCAUGCUGGGCCGGAAAACACGACUCCCCCAGGACCUGAACAGCCACCGCCAGCUGAACCAGUCCUGCCAGGAGGCCGUGCCCCUGCGGACCCGGGCGGCCAAGGGCACAGAUGUCAGCUUGGAGGUGUUCAGUGGCUCCACGCCGGAGAUCAAGCCCAGCCGCAGCCGAGCCCAGCAGAUGCGGGACAGGAAAGGGCGCAAAGCUGAGCUCAAAGACUCCAACGGCAGAGAGGCAGAGACAAUUACCUUUAUCUCUGGCACAGCAGAGGCUCCCCCGAACCAGAGCUUUUGCUGUUCCUCUCUGUCUCAGGCCUGGAACACGUACAAGGCUGUUUUCUGUUGUAUAGUGACCUGUGGGGGCUGCUUCCAGGACUGCAGUGUCUGUGUCCCCUACCCCGGGCCCACCGAGACCUCCACUGACGAUGGAAAGAACGGAGACUAUAACGGGCGGCUGCCAAACAGCCCCACCAACGUCUCUCCCGCUGAGAAGAACGGGAACCAGAUAAAAAAGUCCAGCGUGGGCAGCAGUUUCAGUUACCCGGAUGUGAAGCUGAAGGGCAUUCCUGUCUACCAAAACAGGAGCCCCAGCCACCAGCUGGAAUCGGAUUCCUGCUGCAAGGAGCUGCUGGAGAAGCCCUUCAGGAACAGCAUAGAAAAGCCGCCGCUCCCCAGCAGCCACCGGAGCUCGGAGGAGUAUUAUUCCUUCCACGAGUCUGAUGUGGACAUCAGUGAGCUGAACGGCUCCAUGUCCAGCAGGCAGAUCGAUGUCCUGAUCUUCAAGAAGCUGACGGAGCUCUUCAGCGUCCACCAGAUCGACGAGCUGGCCAAGUGCACCUCGGACACCGUCUUCCUGGAGAAGACCAACAAGAUCUCGGACCUCAUCAACAGCAUAACUCAGGACUACAACCUGGACGAGCAGGAUGCCGAGUGCAGGCUGGUCCGAGGCAUCAUCCGCAUCAGCACCCGCAAAAGCAGGGUCCGGCCCCACAUUUCCAUCCCAGCCAGCCAGAGCCACGAGGAGAAGUCCAGCCGGGGCAACGCGCCCGACAGCGGCAACGAGACGAUGCUGGAGUCCAUGGUCAUGAGCCAGGAUGAUUUGGCCGUGCAAAUAUCGGAAGAAACGCCGGCAGAUGUGAUGGCCCGGAAUAUGAGGCGGCACAGCAGCGCAGGCUCUCCAACAAGCAGAGAUUCCUCUUUCCAAGACACAGAGACUGACUCGUCUGGGGCACCUCUGCUUCAGGUGUAUUGUUAAAGGACCCAGGCAGCAGGCAGGCAUUCCAGGGCUUUGCUGCAGUCACAUUCCUCCUCUUUCCAUAUGGAAUGUGCUAGGCCACUUUUUUUCCCCCUCCCUCAGUCUACCCUGAUCCUUUAUUGAAGCCAAAUUCCUCCUGCUGCCUGAAUUUCACCGGAUAUUUUGGGGUUUUUUUGGACAAUGUAGAACAUCAAGGAGGAGAACUGUGGAGCUAAUGAACUUGGGAGGCGGAGUGUGUGCCCAGGGAGGAGAAGAUGGACAAGGAAGUAUCAGAUGACUCGUGCCUCCGUGAUUUCUGUAAAUCAUGUUGAGCUCCAACAGCCUCAGUGGCCCAGCCCUUUCCCUGCUUUGGGGAUCUGUUGUACAGUUCUUGCUUCCUGGCACUGCCUGAGUUAACUUGGGUAGGGAAUAACUGAGUGGUGUCUCUGUGUUGGUGCUGAUACUGAGGCUCUAGAGACCCAAAUCCCUCUCUAGGGACCCAGAUCUCUGUUUAAAGUGGCUGGGUUGGUCCCCAAAAAACCUGUGUGCUCCACCCACAGUGUUUGCAGUAGCCAGAUCUGCCUUCUCCCUGCUGACCCUUGGUGUCAUCUCCUGCUGCCUUGUGAGCAGAAGGUUCAGGUAAAGGGGUUAAUUUAAUUUUUGGCCUCUUGGUGUGUCUCCUGAGACACGGGAGGUGGGAUGGCUGCUCAGCUGCUUCCUUCACUCCCCCUGAGCAGACCAUGGGCAUCAGCUCUGCCAGCCUGAUGUGAACUAAAGCUGUGAGGUGUUCCCAGGUGCACACAUUGACCUGUGACUUCCCUGCCAGUCACAGCUCUUCCUCACUCCUCUACCAAGCCCUCCAUGUUUUCCCAUCACACUGGGCAAGCCUGAAAACAGGGCUGUGGCAGGUGAGGGAAAUAGUUUGUCUCUAACUUCUUGUGUUUGCUAGAAAAUGCCUUAAAAGUGGCUUGCUUUGAAAGGAAAGGCUCCUGAGAGAGUCUGCAGAGGGUUUGUGAGGCACUGCUGGUCCUUUCCUUCCCCUCAGCACCUUCUCCUUCCCUUUGCUCCUCUCCACCAGGCAGUGGGAAGCAGGAGAUGGGGCAUUGCUACCCCCAGGGCACAGUGCCAGGUGACCUUGAGGGCUGCAGCACUGCAGCAGGAGGAAGCUGGAUCUGUGGUGUUGCCACUUGGUUGUUUAUCAGAAAGUAAACACGUGCAGCCACGGGACUUGUUUAUACUUUUGGGUGUCCUUGGACAUGAAUAGAAAACACUUGGUUGAAUUUGCCAGCCAUAGAAUGAACGCACCCACUGGUUCUGGGGGAGAGGGAACCCAAAAUAGGCCCUGUGCUUUGGUGUGGCCCAUGUUUUUGUGCCUUUGUUUGACUGGAAUGCGCUUUAAUUGGACCGAAAGGUGCCUUAAUUGAACUGAAAUGUGCCUUAGUUGAAUCGAAAUGUGCCUUUAUUUCACAGCCUGUGAUUACUCUUUGGAAGGUUGGGUAGAGGGGAAGGAUUUAAUUCCUCUCUUGAGCAGCCAGGCUUAUUUAAGAGGGGAGAGACUGAGCCUCAGAUUUGGCUUCCCCUCCCUGCUUUGUGUUUAAAGCUGUUGGUUUGUGAAAAGCCCAGUUUAUACAAGAAGACUUGAAGCAAGGCCAGGCUGGGACUCCCAGAAGAGCCGUGUGUGGUCACCUCCUUCCGUACGGAUGGACCCGCCUGGUUUCUGCUUCCCAGUGGAUUAUUGGGACGUUAUUAUUUGGACAAGUUUACUCAAACCUGUGCACUGGGGCUCAGCACAGGUCAUGCUGACACACAGCAGCUCUGUGGGCUGUGCUUUGGAGACGAGGGGUGAGCUGGACUUGCAACGAGCUGCGACCGCUGGAGCAGGUGAAAUAGUCUGUGUGUGAAGAGUGAAUGUGUGGGGAUUAUGCUUACAAAAAAACCAAAAAAACAACCCCCCUCCUUCCCCAAACCCCCCCCCCCCAAAAAAAACUGACUAAGAGGAAGAUUUUCAACUCGAUGGUUCCUGAAGCUGGUUCACCUGUGGUGUCUUAUGGGAUUCUUUUGCACUCCUUGGCCUUAAAUGUUCUGAUUUGGUCUUUUUUAUAAAGUAAAAGACGUGCUCUUUA